GCAUGUGCAGUAAAUGUUAAGUUGCGAACAAAGUUCCAUCUUGAAAUUUUUACAAACGAAUGUUAUUUUAUGGUUUUCCUAGCGAAAUAUUACGUGGUGUCUUCAAAUUUUGUACAAAGAAAGAGUUAUAUUUUCAUAUAUGAAAAUAAUCACAUGAUAGGAUGCUGCUGUACAUGACCCUCUAUUUACUAAUUUACAUCCAUUAGGCGAAAAAGUAUUUCUACUAGGCUGUGAUCAAUAAUGGAAUUCGCACAACCACCCCCGAACAUGGCUAUGCCACCCCCAAAUAUGGGUCCACCAAAUAAUAUGCAACCGCCAAACAUGUCUGGACAAGGUUAUGGACACAACAAACCACAAUUUCGUCCUUUCAUGAACAUGCAGAGACCUCUGCCAGGACCUUUAGGCAACAUGACUUUGGAAGACUUUGAUGGCAAACGUUUAAGAAAAUCUGUUAUGAGGAAAACAGUAGAUUACAAUUCUUCAAUUAUAAAAGCUUUACAAACAAGAGUGUGGCAGAGAGACUACAGAGACCGAAGGGCCUUACAACCAGAUGUCAUGUAUUAUCCUGAUAUGAUGCCACCACCAAGUUACCAAGAUAAUCCGAUUAAUUGCGUGACGACGCGGUUUGUCAAAACAGCAACAAACAAAAUGAGGUGUCCUAUAUUUUGCAUGGCUUGGACACCAGAGGGUAGAAGACUUGUAACAGGUGCCAGUUCGGGGGAGUUUACGUUAUGGAAUGGCCUUACCUUUAAUUUUGAAACUAUUUUACAAGCACAUGACAGCCCAGUAAGAACAAUGGUUUGGAGCCACAAUGAUAGUUGGAUGGUAACGGGCGAUCAUGCGGGUUACGUAAAAUAUUGGCAAUCCAAUAUGAACAACGUGAAGAUGUUCCAGGCUCAUAAAGAAGCUCUGAGAGGCAUAAGCUUCAGCCCAUCGGAUACGAAGUUUGUAACUUGCUCAGAUGACGGUACGCUUCGAAUAUGGGACUUUUUCCGGUACCAGGAGGAGAGGAUACUGCGAGGUCACGGUGCUGACGUUAAAUGCGUGCAUUGGCACCCGCAAAAGGGGCUUAUCGUGUCCGGUAGCAAAGAUAACCAGCAACCCAUUAAAUUAUGGGAUCCUAAAACUGGACAGUCUUUAGCUACUUUGCAUGCGCACAAGUCAACUGUCAUGGACCUCAAGUGGAACGAAAACGGUAAUUGGUUAAUAACAGCAUCCCGUGACCAUCUUCUCAAAUUGUUUGAUCUGAGGAAUCUUAGUCAAGAAGUACAGACUUUCCGAGGCCAUAAGAAGGAAGCGUCGAGCGUCGCAUGGCAUCCUGUUCACGAAGGGUUGUUUUCUAGUGGCGGAUCUGAUGGCUCUAUUAUGUUUUGGCACGUUGGAGCGGAUAAGGAAGUAGGAGCUAUAGAGCAAGCACAUGAUAGUAUAGUGUGGACGCUGGCGUGGCACCCUUUGGGACACAUUCUAUGUUCGGGGUCAAACGAUCAUACUAGUAAAUUUUGGACCAGGAAUCGGCCGGGCGACCAAAUGAGGGAUAAAUAUAAUUUAAAUACGCUUCCAGCAGGCAUUGCUGGGUUAGAAGAUGUGGAUGUGGGUGAGGAGCCGUCAAUUAUCCCAGGAAUGGGACCUGAUGAUAAAGUGGAAUUAACAUCGGUGAGUUCCGAGGGCAACACGACCAUUCCUGGCUUAGAUUUAGAUAUGUUGACGAACGCUGGUGAAGAGAAAACGAAGAUUAAAAAAGUGCCGUUUAGUAAACCAAUUCCUAGAAACUUCCAAGCACAAUGGAAUGAAACUUAUGAAGAUGCAGCUGGAACAAUUAAUGAAGUUAUAAGUCAAAUUGUUGAAAAUACCCCGGGUGUUGUACCUUUACAAAAAAUUGCACCGAGUGCCAUUAUCAUCUACGGAAAAUUAAUUCCUGUUGAACCUGGUUCAAAACUAGAAUCCGUCAUAGCGGAAGGCCCCGAAGCCCUCCAAAAGUACAUAGAUUCGGGCGAAAUCGAAGAACUCCACGACGUGAUGCCAAUCAACGACGACGACCAAGAUUAUCUUAACGACUACGAUAGCAACGAAGGGUCUCCAGGUGGCGUCAACAUUCCUAAUCACAUGCAAACUAAGCUGCCUCAAGGAGCCGCCCACGGUCAAGACCUGGACCACUUACGAGCCGGUGAUUCGGACAUGCGCAACAUAGACCAAGACAUGCGGCCUUUCUCCAACUUCGGGCGAGACAGCGACAUGAGAAACAUGGACACCGACUACAGAAACAGCGUCAACCGCGAGCUCAACUUCCAGCCACCCCCACGCGACUAUGACAUGCGGAACGACAUGGGGGACGAAGAUUUCCGACCGCCGUUCAACCGAGAUCCGGACUUUCGUCACUACGAUGAUGAGGACAAUUACGACGAAUACUACGACGAAUCGAGGGACAACUGGCAGCGGGGCAACGGAAAUUAUGGGGGGCAGUUCGGGGGAAGGAACCAGAGCUUUGGCGGAAACCACCCGAACUUUAGGAAUCAGGGAGGAAGCUUCAACAGAGACCAAUUUGGGGGUCAGAAUGAGGGGUGGAACGGGCACAGCAACGAUAAUUUCAGAACGAGGGGGGCUAAACGGGGAGGGGGGAGGGGUCAGAGGAAUUCGAGGAGCAACAGGGGGUCGUCUAGGUCGCGCGGUAAUCAGAGGGGAAGUGGAAGAGGAGGGGGUACUUCCAGUAGAGGACAAUCUUCCUCAAGGGGGAGAUUUUAAAUGUGGUCAUAUUGAUUGCGGAUAUACUUUUGUAAAUGCUACUAUUGUGAAUAUUUUAUUACCGUGUUAGUUAUUUAAUUCGCGUUUUAGAACUUUUAGGUUUAGUUUACACUUUGGCAGUAUCAGAAAGACAUUGCUUCCGUGGUUUUCCGUUCUCACAACAGAUAUAAACAGUAUGAAAGUUAUUAGGUAUGUGAGAUCUAUGUCUUUUUUUUUCAAAAGAAAUAAAAGUUUUGUUGAA